AUGGUCCUUUUCGCAUCACAGGAUGCAUCCAAGGAGGGUCCAAAACAGGACAUCUGGGGAAGUGGUGCCAGAUUAUUCUUUCUUAUAGGUAAGCUUGCCUCCUCAGAAUCAAUCGUGGAGCCCUGCCUCCUUGACUAUGAGAUGUUGCAAGGUCAGGUGCACAGCGGCGGCGCUACUGGCGCUGGGGCUAUCUCGAGCGAGGGCACGCAGGACACCAGGGCCGGGGAGGUUCUCCAAGAAGCGCAGCUUGAGCUGGCGCCCGAGAAAGCUGAAAGGGGGAAGGUGCUGCCCAACUACGAGGCCUUCCCCCCACCCCCGAAGGUGCCUACAACGUGGUGGCAGCUGCUGCAUCAUCUGCUCUUCUUUGGCCUUGGGAUUGGAACGCUCCUCUUCCAGCCAUCUUGGCUGCCAGACUGGAAGCUGACUCUAGUGAUGUACCUGUACAGCGACUUCAUGUCAGCUCUACUGCACAGGACUUUCGACCACGAGGAGUGCCUGAAAGUUCCCGCGCUGGACUUUGUGGCCUAUGGGUUUCAGAUGCAUCAUGCGUGGCCGAUGGAAUCCACCAAGGGCGUGGGACUCUAUCGCCUCUUCUGCGACACGGUUCGCAUCCAAUGGAUCCUACUCGUCUGCUUUGCAGUGAUCUCCUCUCACACGCUGCUUGCUGCACAGAUUCUGUAUUUGAAGCUGCUCUUUGGUGCUUAUGGUUCGGCCGUCGGGCACUUCUAUGCACAUUUCCCUGAGAACCAACGGCCGUUUCUGGUGCGUACACUGCAGGGGUUGCACCUGUUGCUGCCGCCCAAGCACCAUGCAGUCCAUCACCGUGCCCCUUACAAUGAGAACCUGACAAGUGUGAGCGGGCUGACCGACUUCAUUGUGAACCCUUUGCUGAAAGACUGCCCGUUUAUCCCCACGCUGCUGACAUUGCUGGGGCUGUCGAUGUUUGAUAUCCGGCUGAUCGAAGGCUUGUAUAGUCGUUUUAUGUAA